AUGACUGUUCAGGAUUUAAGAUUUGAAAGGAUCACUGAUCCUCAAGAGAUUAGAGCUACACAUGCUCAAAAUAGUGCUACUUGGAAAGGGCCUUUGACGGUAGAAUCAUAUGUCGAAAGAGAGAGAAUAUUGGGAGAGGCUAGUAUUGCAAGGAAAAAUCAGCUCACUGAAGUCAGGGAAGAAUUCCCGGAAUUGGCUCCCAUGUUGGGAAUCAGAUAUUUUGCUCUCAAAGAUGGCGAUACCAUCGUGAGCAGUUGUGAAACAUUAACCAGACUGGGGUAUUUCAUUAGUCCAGGGGAAUCUCGGAAUAUUGAGCAUAAUUUAAUGAUUUGUGUUGGUGGUGUCUUCACCCCAAAGGAGUACCGCGGUAAAGGUUAUGCUAGCUGUAUGGUAGAGAAACUAAUGGAAUAUUACGAUGCUAUUAGAGACAAUCCAAAUGCACCCAGAGGUAUUAAGCAGCUUUCUUUCACGCUUUACAGUGAAGUCGGUGAAUACUACAAGAAAUUUGGGUUUGAAUCGAGGCAUGUACCUGUGCAUACCAUUACUCAAAUAGAUGCGUUUUUGAAUAAAUACUGUGAACGAGCAGUUUUCAAAAAUGAUGGUAAGUUUGUGGACAAUGAUGACUACGAUGCAUUGGUUUCAUUGGAAGAUCAAGAGUUCAGGAGAAACUUGUUGAAAUUGCAUAAAGCCGAUCCCAAUUCAUUUAUUUUUACGAUUAAACCAGAUGCAGAUAUUUACAGGUGGUUCAACACAAGAGACUUCUUCAUAUUGAGGCACAUUGAUCGUCCACAAGUACCACUUACGCUUGGUUAUGUUAUGGGGGAUAAAUCUCACAUUCUAUGGCAUCACAACUGGGGGUGUGAGAGCUUGUUAAUUGUUAAAUUAUAUCUGAACCCAGAUGCAUCUUCUCAAGAAAAGGAGAACAUCCUAAAGGAGCUAUUUGCCCAUGCGGCCAAAGAGACUAAAGUAACAAAGCUCAAACAUAUAGAAUUUUGGGAUGGAGAGAUCCCGCUUGAGAAGUUUGCAGACCUUUCUAAAGUUGUGCAUGAUUUAGAGGACCGCUCGACGGUGUACGCUCACAACGAGUCGCUAAGUGCCAUGAGACCUUCACCUACUUACAAUACAAAGAAUAUUAUUUGGGAUAAUAAUACCAAGUUAAGCUGGUUUUAA